AUGUCCGCCGCCGUCGCUCCUUUUCCCCCCUUUCAUGAAGGGAAUAUAAAGAACUGGUUCUUACAAAUGGAAGCCAUUUUCACAGUCAGAAGGAUUACAGACCAAAAGACCAAGUUUGGCCACGUGGUGGCGGUUUUGCCACCCGCCAUUGUCGAUGAGGUCUCAGACUUCCUAGAAGCCGUUCCUGAAGACUCCCUCCCAACUUCUUCGUUAUAUGAAAAGCCGACUCGGCAAAAAUACCAUGGCCGACUCUAUAUUAAAAAGCUUGUGGCUGGACCGUCUCCCCCCACCACCAUAACCCAAAUUUUGGCGCCAAUGUCCGAAAACACCUCGAUCGAUCAAUUAGCGGACGCCGCGGAUCGUAUUUUCUCGCAACUGGAUAAUCAGACAACGCCGGUACACAGUGCUGAAGCGACUGGAGACCACAGGUCCUUGGAAAAAACAGUCGAGGAAUUGCAGCGCCAAGUUAAGGAUUUAACAUUAGCUCUAAAGAGCCGUGGUCGAAGCCGGUUCCCUUCCGCCGGCGCUUCAGAAGUCGACCACGCUCGUCCAGCCGAGAUAAGGAUGCCACUCCUACUAUGUGUUACUACCACCGAAGAUUUGGGUCUAAAGCUUAUUACUGCAUCAAGCCGUGUACUUAUACUGCGGUCGCGGAAAACAAAACCGCCAGCGAGUGAAAGCGACUAA